AGACGCUGUUUAUACAGAGCUGGGCCAACAUUCUCAUCAGUCCUCCUCUGUCAAGUCAGCUUCUCUUCUGAGUCUUCAUCCCCCACUGCUUGGUUUUCCGCAUUCAUUCUGGAGCAGCCAGUGAGGACCUGCGGCGAUUGGGAAGAGACACCGGAUGCCAGAGCGAAAGGUGUGGGAAAGGGAAGCCAGGCUGCCAAGCCAGAGGACUCCUUCCGAUUGAAAAGGGAAGUCAGCUGAGGACUGUUAGUUAAAUUUAACAUCCUUUCUUGUGUAACUUCUGACUUCGGGGAGCAAAAAUGAACUUUGCAGAGGAAGAGCCCUCUAAGAAAUACUGCAUUAAAGGCAAACAUGUGGCCAUCAUCUGCGCAGUGGUGGUGGCGGUUGGAUUAAUAGUGGGACUUUCUGUGGGCUUGACCACCAGGUCGUGUGACUCCUCUGGAGACACAACCCCGGCUCCUUCCCACUCUCCUCCCACUGACAACACUGUCUGCCCUGACAGUGAAGAUGAAAGUGGCCAGUGGAAAAACUUCAGGCUGCCAGACUUUAUUCAACCAGUUCACUACGACCUGGAGAUAAAGACCCUGAUGGAGGAAGACAGAUACACUGGCACAGUGACCAUCUCGCUCAGCUUGACCAAGCCCUCGCGUGACCUAUGGCUGCACAUCAGGGAGACCAAGAUCACCAAGAUGCCGGAGUUAAGGAGUCCCUCCGGGAGGCAGGUACCAAUUCGACGGUGUUUCGAAUACAAGAAGCAGGAGUACGUGGUGGUCCAGGCUGAAGAAGACCUUGGCGCCACCACCGGGAACAGUGUCUACCUGCUGACCAUGGAGUUUGCGGGCUGGUUGAACAGCUCCCUUGUGGGUUUUUACAAAACCACCUACACCGAGAAGGGGCAAGUAAAGAGCAUAGCUGCUACCGACCAUGAACCGACGGAUGCCAGGAAGUCCUUCCCUUGUUUUGAUGAACCCAACAAGAAGGCAACUUACAACAUAUCCAUCAUUCACCCCAAGGAGUACUCAGCACUUUCAAAUAUGCCAGUGGAGAAAGUCGAGAUAGUGGAUGACAAGUGGAAUAAAACAGUUUUUAUGAAGUCUGUCCCCAUGAGCACAUACCUGGUGUGCUUUGCUGUACAUCAGUUCACCUCUAUAAAGAGGACAUCCAAGAGCGGCAAACCACUCAGUGUUUACGUCCAGCCAGAGCAAAAGGAAACGGCGGAGUAUGCUGCAAACAUAACGAAAGCUGCAUUUGAUUAUUUUGAAGAUUACUUCGCUAUGAACUAUUCUCUUCCUAAACUGGAUCAAAUCGCUAUUCCAGAUUUUGGCACCGGUGCCAUGGAAAACUGGGGACUUAUCACUUAUCGAGAAACAAACCUGCUUUAUGAUCCCCUGCUAUCAGCCUCAUCCAACAAACAGAGGGUGGCCAGUGUGGUCUCCCAUGAGCUUGUACAUCAGUGGUUUGGAAAUAUUGUGACCAUGGACUGGUGGGAUGACUUGUGGCUAAAUGAAGGAUUUGCCUCUUUCUUCCAGUUCUUGGGAGUAAACCAUGCAGAAAACGAAUGGCAAAUGCUCAGUCAGCUGCUUCUGGAUGAUGUGUUUCCGGUGCAAGAGGAAGACUCCUUGAUGUCCUCACAUCCGGUGGUUGUCACGGUGUCAACUCCCGCAGAAAUAACUUCCGUGUUCGAUGGAAUAUCGUACAGCAAGGGAGCUUCUAUUCUGAGAAUGCUUGAAGACUGGAUAACACCAGAGAAAUUUCAAAAAGGGUGUCAGAUGUACUUGCAGAAAUUCCAGUUCAAGAAUGCAAAAACUUCAGACUUUUGGGAAUCACUUCAAGAGGCAAGUAACCAACCUGUGAAAGAAGUAAUGGACACUUGGACUAGCCAGAUGGGCUAUCCUGUGGUUACUGUGGCUGAAAAGAAGAAUAUCAACCAGAAACGCUUUCUGUUGGACGCCAAAGCUGAUCCUUCUCAGCCACCAUCAGCACUUGGUUACACAUGGAAUAUUCCAGUCAAAUGGACCGAAAACGAUGUUUCAAGGGUCACAGUCUUCAAUCGGUCAGAAAAAAAUGGAACCACUUUGAAUACUAAUCUUAGUGAAGAUGCUUUUCUCAAAAUAAACCCAGAUCACAUCGGGUUUUAUCGUGUAAAUUAUGAAGUGGAAACUUGGGGCAAGAUAACCGAUACUCUCUCCUCAAACCACACGAUCUUCUCCUCUGAGGACCGAACAAGUUUUAUCGAUGAUGCUUUUGCUUUGGCAAGAGCUCAACUUCUGGAUUAUAAGAUAGCUCUGAACUUGACCAAGUAUCUCAGAUCAGAAAAGGAUUUCCUGCCAUGGGAGAGAGCCAUCUCAGCUGUAACCUACAUCAUUAGCAUGUUUGAAGAUGACAGAGAGCUGUACCCCAUGAUAGAGGCGUACUUCCAAGAACAAGUGAAGCUCAUUGCAGAUUCUCUGACAUGGGACGAUACCGGAAGCCACAUCACAAAGUUACUCCGUGCCUCUGUGUUAGGAUUUGCAUGCAAGAUGGGAGACAGAGAAGCCUUGAACAGUGCUUCGCAGUUAUUUGAGGGCUGGGUAACAAGGAACGAAAGCAUUCCUGUAAAUCUCAGGCUUCUGGUGUACCGCUACGGAAUGCAGAACUCCGGCAAUGAGGCUUCAUGGAACUAUACCCUAGAGCAAUACCAAAAAACAUCCCUAGCCCAAGAAAAGGAGAAGCUGCUCUAUGGCUUAGCUUCCAUAAGGGAUGUUACUCUUCUGGCAAGGUAUCUGGAAAUGCUCAAAGACCCCAAUAUCAUUAAAACUCAGGAUGUGUUUACGGUCAUCCGCUACAUUUCAUACAACAGCCUUGGGAAGACCAUGGCCUGGAAUUGGAUACAACUCAACUGGGACUAUCUGGUCAGCAGAUACACACUCAAUGACAGAUACCUUGGCCGGCUUGUCACCAUAGCUGAACCCUUCAACACUGAACUGCAGCUCUGGCAGAUACAGAGCUUUUUUGCAAAAUAUCCAAACGCGGGAGCAGGAGCAAAGCCGAGAGAACAAGUGUUGGAAACUGUGAAGAAUAAUAUUGAGUGGCUGAAAGUGAACAGACAGUCCAUAAGCGAGUGGUUUACUAGCUCGCGGAAGGAUGGCUAAAGCACUUCAUCUUGUGAUUCCGCUGAGGUGGCCUGUUUUACAGACUGCAGAGGGAGCCUUUGAAAUGAGUUCUGCUUUUGCUAAGUACGGUGUUUGUGUCUUGCAAAGCUUUUAAAUUAUUCCUCUUUGUUUUUGAAGGAAGAUACUAAUAGAGUAUUUAAUAUACUCAGGGAUUUCUGCUAAGUGUGCUUCAUAGGAAUGUCUUUACAAACUAAAGGGUUUAAUAGCCACAUUAAUGUCUUUAAAUAUCAUUCCUUGUAUCUUAAAUCUGUGAAAAUAGAAUAAUUUGGUCCUAGCUUUACAUUUUUAGUACCAAAGAAACACCACUUAAUCUUUUCUCUUGAUUGAUUUUUAAAGUUUAAAUACCAGUACUUGCGGGACACAUUGCCAUCUUAAUCUUUAUUUUAUUAUUCAGAAUUAUAUAGACCUAAUAUCAUUUUAUUCACAUAUGUCUCACUGCUUUAAAUCCUACCAAAGUAACCUUGGCUUAAGUUUUGCUCAAGGAUUGAAUGAAUGAGCCAAAGAAAUGACUGACUGUUGCCUUUGCUCACACAAAAUCAAUCAGACAGUGCUAUAUUAUUUUUUUAAAUAAAUGUAAAUUAUUAACUUGAGGGAAAAAACCCAUUGUUUCCCAGUGACACCUUACUCCUGAGUAACCAUAAUGGCAGCAUUCCCUAAAUAAUUUAGCACAUGACAAGUGUGCUUCAAGAACCUGGCCUUGGUCACACACGACACGCUUUCAUCUCUCCUGAUGCAUGCAAAGUUCUUUCAAAUGCACUAUGAAAUUAAUGGGUAUGGAGUGCUUAACGGUGCUCUGUGGGCCUUAUAGGGAAGAGUGAACGUAAUUGGAAACUGUUCAGGAAAGAGAAAAGACUGAUUAUUCAGUAAAAGUAGAAGGACUUAAAAUUUAGCUUUGUCCUCCCUGGUAACAAGAGUAUAAAAAUGGAGAAAAUUCAAGGUUGUCUCCAGCAUUGCAGCAACCUAAGGAUAUGUCUUCUCAUAGACAAAUUACAGACCUUUAGACAAACCUAUACAAAAUACAUUUGA